AAACCCAGGCGGCUGUGGCCCGCUUCAGUUGUUUGAAUUGACGUUUGACAGUGAAAAAAUCUCGUGCAAAAACCAAAAUGUCCGAAGCUCAUUUCGACGAAUAUGAACAUUACAACUUCUUGUACGACAAGCACAUCUACAGCGGCCACAGUGGCAAGCAAAGGAGCAAGAAGGAGGUCAGCGAGCACACGAACCACUUCGACCCCAGCGGACAUUCCAGAAAAAUCGUCACCAAGAUGAUGAACACGGAACAGAAUAGAAGGGCGAAGCACUGAUCUCGAAUCCCCAAUCUGUGAUUUUCCAAAGACGUUCAGUGGCGAGUUUUGAGGAUUUUGUGAUUUUGUUUGACACCUCGGUAGAAGACAUUGCUUUCAUGAUAUUGUUGUGUUGAUAGAAAUGGUGUUGACGCGAUGAUUAUAUUAAAUUAUUGUUAGUUUUUCGAGUAUUGUAUUUUUUCAAUAAAUACUGUACACCUGA